AUGUUGCAGAGCAGCAACAUGUUUCCCGGUUGUUCAUACCCAUCUGCACAUACUCUAAACCCAAUCAUUAAUUCUCCUUCUCUCCUAUCUUUCCCUUCAUUUUCAUUCACCACAGUGUGCUCUCGCCACAACAAUUUGCCCCAACCUCAGUUUCAAGCAAAGCAACCCAACAAGAAGAAGAAGAGGCAGAUGCUGCGAUUCUGUGGGACUUAUGAGGUGGGUGGAGGCUACCCAGAUGAGGAAUUGGGUGGGCAAGAGAAGAGUAGAACUACCCAAGAGCAAGGCAACUCAAAAUUGGACACUGCCCAGUAUGAAGCUCUUCUCAAAGGUGGUGACCAAGUCACUUCUGUUCUUGAAGAGAUGAUCACCCUUUUGGAAGAUAUGAACAUGGAUGAGGCAUCUGAAGAGGUGGCAGUGGAAAUAGCUGCACAAGGGGUCCUAGGGAAGAGAGUUGAUGAGAUGGAGUCGGGUUUCAUGAUGGCGCUAGAUUACAUGAUCCAACUUGCUGAGAAUGACCAAGAUGAUAAGCGCAAGUCAUUAUUGGAGGUUAUCAAGGAGACCGUAUUAUCCUAUCUUACGAAAAAAUGCCCCCCACAUGUUCAAGUGGUUGGCCUGCUCUGUAGAACUCCUCAGAAAGAAAGCAGACAGGAAUUACUACGCAGAGUGGCUGCAGGUGGUGGUGUGUUCAAAAGUAAGAAUGACAUAAAAGUUCAUGUUCCAGCUGCAAAUCUUAAUGAUAUUGCUAACCAGGCUGACGAUAUACUGGAGACAAUGGAAACUCGGGCUGUAGUUCCAGAUCGAAAACUGCUUGCAAGACUUGUUUUAAUCAGAGAGGAAGCUCGGAAUAUGAUGGGAGGUGGAUUACUAGAUGAGAGAAAUGAUCGUGGCUUUAACACUCUUCCAGAAUCCGAGGUGAACUUCUUAACCAAACUUGUAGCUUUGAAACCGGGGAAGACCGUCCAGGAGAUGAUAAAAAAUGUAAUGGAAGGAAAAAAUGAAGGUGCUGAUGAUGCUAGCAGUGAUGAGGAAGAUACCACUGGUAGAACGAGUGGAAUUGCAGGAAGGGAAAGCGUUACAGGACGAAAAGCCCUUCCUGUGCGCCCUGGCAUGUUUCUUGAGACUGUCUCCAAGGUCUUAGGUGGUAUAUAUGCAGGAAAUGUCUCUGGUAUCACCGCACAACAUCUAGAAUGGGUUCAUCAGAAGACACUUGAAGCUCUUCAGGAGAUAGCAUUUUGA